GAGCCCAUUGCAAGGGCUCUUGCUGGAACAGGGGGAUUCUUUUCCUGGCAGCUCAGGAAGAUAUGCACAAGAACCACAGGCAACUUCAUCUGGGCUCGUGUUUUCUAAGGCCACAAAGGACACCCAGCCUGAGCCCCUCCUCCUGCAGAAGGGGGUAGGACCUGCUCACCCCACCCACUGCAGAGGGGACUACAAAUGCUCCCCAGAGCUGCAGCCCCACAGCUCUGCAGGCCAGAGGGACCUUCCCACCCCAGCACCAUGGCCUGGUGCCUUCUGCUCGUGUCUGUGCUGGUCUUGGCUGCUGCCCCAGGCCACUCCACACACAGAGAAACCCGAAACACCUUCCAGAAGUCUCCCUCUGACCCUGCUGCGAGGGCUCUGCAGACAACCAGCUGGCCCAGGGACUGCAGCGAGGUUCCCAGCGGCAGCCCCAGUGGUGUGUACAUCAUCCAGCCCGUGGGACUUCACCCCAUCACGGUGUUCUGUGAGAUGAGCGUGGCAGGGGGCGGCUGGACCGUCAUCCAGAGGAACCACCAGAGCACAGCCAUCACCUGGGCCGAGUCCUGGAGCACCUACAAGCACGGCUUUGGGGAUGUGCACGGUGAGUUCUGGCUGGGCAAUGAGUACAUCCAUCAGAUCACCAGGCAGAAGGUCUACCAGGUCAGGUUUGUCAUCUGGGACGCCUCAAACACCAUGAAGUUUGCAGACUACAACCUCUUCAGCGUGGAUGAUGAGUCCCAGGGCUACAGGCUGAGGCUGGGAGUGUACUCAGGCUCAGCAGGGGAUGCCAUGGACUCAGACAACCCCAAGAAAAUGCACAACAACAUGAAGUUCUCCACCAAGGACCGGGACCAGGACGCUGCCCGUGGGAACUGUGCGUCCCGCGCCGGGGGCGGCUGGUGGUACUCGGCCUGUUACUCAGCACAGCUCAACGUCAGGGGGGGCAUCACCUGGGGCAGCCUGUGCAGAGGCACCUGCAGAGCCUCUGCCAUCCUCAUCAAGCCAGCUCUGUACCACUAGUGCCCCUUCCCCCUCCUGGCUGCGCUGGCCAAGCUGGGGGUCAAUUGGGGGGUCCCUGUAUAGCAAGAGCUGUUUUCUUUUCUUCUUCUCUUGGAGAGCAGCAAAGCUCCCUGCUGGGCCUCUGCCCUUUCACCUGUGCUGGGUUUCCAGGGGUCAUUACAAGUCUUUAGAAAUGCUGCAGUUUUCAAGCAUGUUCCUUCUGGGAGAAAAACAACCCCAACUGUGCCCAGACCCUUCAGCUCCAGCAAGGUCCCACCCUCUGCUCCGUGAGUGCAGGGAGACAUCAGCCCGUCCUGCCCAAGCUGCCACAUCCCUGCUGCAGCCUGUGCCCAUGCUGCAGAGUCAAAUCUGCUUUUAGAGCCUGCACAGGUAUGUACAAACAUCCUUCAUUCCUCCAGGGGCUGCUGCCAGCUUCUUGCCAAGAGCAGAGCUGAGGCUCCUGGUGCAGGAACAAAAGGCUUCCCAAAGGAAGAUGUUUCAUUAGACCCAAAUGAGGAAUUCAAGGCAAAACUUUAAAUGAAAGAAGAGGGAUGGAUUGCAAGCUCCAGGGAUCUUUCAAAGAGGGAAUGCAGCACCACAUGGCCCAGAGCAAGCACUGAAGGCAGGAGGGAAGCAUGAGGUCAGCUCAGCCCUGCCUGGAGCUGACCUGAGACAGCAGAGCAGGCCAGCAGCAUCCUGCCUUGUUAACCUGUGAGUGCUGGGCCUGGCCUUGGGAGGGAGCUGCAAGAGUGGGCAGGGAAUAAAGGGACAACAGCACUGCAAGGGCACAGAGCACUGCGUGGCUGGGGCAGGUUCAAGAGCUCAGGCAGCCUGGUGUGGCAGGGACCCCAGAGCCUGGAGGGGCUCAGCCUGGGGCUGUGUGGACUCGGUGGUGGGGGGUAGCUCUGGCACUGGGCAGCUCAGCAGGUGGCACUGGAGUCGGGGAAGCUGCCAACAAAUGCUUAAAAGGCUUUGAUGAUAACCAAGUGCUCUGUCUGUAGAAGAAAAACAAAGCAGUAACUAAUUCCCUUUAGCUGCUUCUCCAAAGUAACUCUGCCCUGACCUGAGAGGUCACAGGGGGUGAAGCACAAGGAGGGACACACGUAAGCGGGUGAAGCUGCUGGGACGCACCGGCAGCAGCGGGAGUGUGUGUGCUGGGGCAAAACCGAGGAGCUCAUCCCGCUGACAAGAGAGGGAGAGCCGGGAAACCCGCAGAGGAGAGGACGGGCACAGCGGCUGCAGAAACACGGACGGACACCAGAUGGCAAUGGAAGACCAUGAAAUAGUGACGGUAGAGCUGGAACGGGCGUGUUUAAGGCAGCUGCCCCACGGCAGGCGUUGGAUAAUGCUGUUCUGACGCUGACAGUGAGUGUCCUUGUGCCCCGUUUGCUGCAGGAGCCCUGUGCCCCCAGCGCUGCAUUAAAUACCUGCUCCAAA